CACAAAUAGGCGUAUAAUCCUUCAUCAAGACGUGAUUUCGCUGGUCACUGUGAGCACCACACAUUUAGUUGCACGCCAAUAUCACAAACAGCACAUAAUCAAACUGUCUUGCACAGAGAAAGGAUCUCUUACGAAACGCAAUCAUGGAUUUCGGUUGGCAUGGCUAUACAUACCCUUGCAUGGGAUGCCCACAUUGUCUGGUAUCGCGAUUUAUGGAAGGUAGUAAGAAUUCUUUGACAUCUUCAGAUUUUAUUCCUUGAACUUCAAACCGUGUUUAAUCGUUUCUGUUCAUAUAGUGGUCAACAAAAAUUCGAAAUGUCUUUCAUCGGUAAAAUUGUAUAAAAUGUAUAGUACUGCGCAAAUGUUCUGCUAAAUAGGUUUUAUUUUAAUGGUAACACCACAGAAUUUUGUCCAAAACUGCAGCAGUAUCUCAUCCAACCUUAGCACUGGGGUGGAACACUGGUCAUUUCAUUCAAUUACUAGCUUAAUACUGAACGCAGGCUUACAUUUAGUGCACUAUAACGAGGAAUGAAGUUUAUCUGUAUUUUGUAAAGUAACGCAAAGGUUUGUCAAGUAAAAGUUUCGCUGAACGAUUUCUCAAAAAACGGAACCACUGUUAUCAAACUGAGGUGUUUACGAGAUUAGAGUAAACAUUAUUCCUUAUUAAAAUUACCAUACGCCAAUUCUUAAGAUGACUGAGAAUUUACUGUACACUGACUGUUAAAACUUGUGCGGACAACUUUUCUUUAUGAUGAGUUCUUAGAAGAAUCAUAGGGUAUUUAUGUAUAAUUGAAGUUUUUGAAGAAGAAAAACUGUGAUACGUUUAGCCCUACUGUGUUUCUUUUGUCCUGCUUAACUUUUCAGUUCAUAGCAUGGCACCAUCGAACGUUGCAUUACAGUGCAUCAUGGUGGUUUCAGUUCCGUUUCUAUUUCAAGGAAAGAGGACUAUUCUCUUUCCUCUCUUAAGGAACCUAUGAAAUAUUGUCGGUGGACCCUUUUAAUACAUCUUAGAAAGUAUCCAAGAGCCUUGAUGCAAGGGGGAAGACCUGCCAAGCUGGCCUGAAAACAUUCUUGUUUUUCAUUGUUCACAUGGACAAUAAUUUUUUUCUUUACUUAACAGCUCCCCCAAGAAAACAGCGACGAGAAAGAACAACUUUCACAAAGGCGCAGCUGAAACUUCUGGACGAGCUGUUCGCCAAAACAAAAUAUCCUGACAUCUUCAUGAGAGAGGAAAUCGCCAUGAAAAUAAAUUUGCCAGAAAGUCGAGUACAGGUGAGAACACGGUGUUUGAAGCCGGGGGCUAUUGCCCGCGCCAUUGAUUUGUUUUGCAAGAUAAAUUUUGUUUGUACUCCAAGUAUGCAAAAGCCUUUAACGUGAAUUUGCUCUAAUGCCAUUGCCAAUAAGUGGCUUUAAAACAAGAAGGCGUGCAUUUUGUCCUUUGUCCUAAACAGGGUAAUACAAUUGAGGAUGUUGUGCUGAACAGCGUAUGUAUUUUACGACGUUUUUGUCCUAAACAGGGUCAGGGUCUCCAAACCUCAGCGGCUUACCUAUACCCACAUUUUGGUCGAGUACCUCCCCCGGGAGCCUUAAGGUCUGUUACUGACUCGAACUGACCAAAAGCCCUCUGUGAUUUGACUACAGCUUUAGCUGAUCUGAUACCAAUCUACUUUGAUGAGUUUUAAGCUCGUUACAACUCAAACAGGUACAACCAAAGGGUCGUACAAACUUAAGAAAAAUACUUGAAGAAGCAAAGUUCGGACAAUUCGACCUCCCUUAAUGAGAUUUUUUCCAAGCCUUUUUUCACUCAUAUUCAAGUUACAAAAAGGAUUUAUUGUCUGCAGAUGUAAAAUUUGGCAGCCCACUUUAUAAUUGUUAAUGGUUCUCUUCAUUUUUCAUAUCAGUAUUACUUGAACUGGUUUUGGGAAAGUUUUAUAGGAUCAACAAGGGAAGUAAAUAUCGAUAUCUUUUCAGGAAAUAGGUAUUAUUUUCCACAUUGACGGUAUUACUUUAAUAGGCAAUCACGUAGCAAUGAGACAAGAAGCACGUCAAACAGCGUAUUAAUUCGUUUUAUACUUCAACGUAAUCAGGAAAAAUUUAAGUCAUUUUCCGCUCAUCAGUUAUUUGACACUAAGGAACUUAUUUUUAGGCUCUAGAUGACAAGUUUCAUCCCAGAAAACUAUAAUGGGGGCACAUGUUAAUUUCAUUCUCACCCGUCGUGACAACUUGCAUUUACGAGCGUUUACUGAAAUAUGUUCCCUUCAGAACAGCUUUUAAAAGCGCCGUUUCUCACAUUAUAUAAGUGGAAAUUCAAUACACAAAGAGUUCAAAUAAAAUGUUUGAAAGCUAAAGGGUGUUUAAAAUCGGGUGUUGAGAUGGAGGCUGAAACAGUUUGAAAAACAUGACAUUGUCUACGGAAAGCAUUUCUUAUCAAGCAACAAAUUUCGCAGUUACCAAAGACAGUUAUUUAAGAUUCAUCGAAAAAGAGCAUGGCAUAAUGGCAUGGGAAGCUGUCAUAUAUAUUUUUUUAUUUCUAUAAAUGAAACCACUUUAUCAUCUGAGUAUCUUCUUAUGACAAAGCUAUCGGCUAUGACUGUCAAAAUGGUGAAAGCGUCAUUCAGUGGAGUCAGUGCUAAAAAAAAAGAGUUAAUCUCCUUCCGCUGUAGCAGGAUCGCCUUAACCUUAAGCAGCCGUAUUUUUCCGCAAACGCUCUUGCGACAAAGUAUAACUGUACAAAGGAAUUCCCUACUUGGAAAAAAUAAACAAACAGAAAAAAAAAAGAGAAAAAUACAACAAUAAAAUACAAGCAAAUGACAGGAAAUCUUUAAUCUAGGAUCUUUUGUGCUUACUUUCAAUAUCUUGAGGUUUGUUUCUCAUUUGGAGAAUAAAACAGUCGACUGACUCUAUUAUGAUACACAGACAUAACAGGCCUUCGUGACUAGUAUUCUAUUUAUAAAGCACAACCACUGAAAUACACGAAAUCUAUUAAGCAUGUCCCCUGUAGUUUUCUGCAGAAAUGUAUAUUAUCCUGUAUAAAGUAGUUUUAAUUCCUUGCGGGGCUCGUGAAUGAAGACCUGAUUUAUGACCAUUUAAACUAAGCUGCUUAGGCAGCUGCUUUCCUGUUUAUUCCUUCUGCUGUUUGUUAUUUUGGACAAGGAUUAGGCUAAUAUUUUCUCUGAAAGCUUAAGACUGCAAGAGCGCUACACUUAAAAAUUUAGAUUCUAAAAGAAAGUCGAACCUGCCGACACAAGGGUCUUUGGAACGCCCCUAUGUUUGUACUUGGUUGACACACCACAAAUCUUACUAAGAGGCGUAGCAAAAAAGAAAUUUUUAUCAAAACGCUGAUAGCAAACAUUCAAUUAAUUAGCUGCAAAUUGACCACAGUUUAACUUGUGCAAAGUCUGUCGCUUAUUACAGAAUUCCUGAUUAGCGAUAUAAUCUAAUCGCAAAAUGAUAUGUCUUGACAACCUUGUACGAAACUUUCGACGAGCACGAAAAUUCAGAUUUGGCUAAAAUGAGAAUUUCUUUUUUUCUUGUGAUUUCAACAAAGUGCGACAACCUGACAAAGAAUAAGCAUUUCUCUCUUUCUUCUGGAGUAACCAAAACAAAACUCGUACAUAUAAAAAAUAUGCUUAAACAGGGUUAGCGUGAGCACCGCAUAAUGUGUUUAUGGUUUUAAGCUAUCUUUUAAAAUCGCGAGGUAGAUAAACUCACGCGAAGUUGUUAUGCACGACAUGAAAACUAAAUAAAAAACAAAGUGAAAUUGAUGUCUUUCAGUCCGGUAAAUGGAUUUAGGGUGGAACUGCUUGUGAAUAGUAAUUUCUUUAUUUCACUUUGUUUUUUUACUUUUACUAUCUUCUACGUCGAGUUGUAACCUUCAAGCCGCAGGUAAAAGACUUAAUUUCUUGAAAACAAACUGGAGCACCUUACGGAAUACUACCUAUGAGGUUUUCUUAAAUAGUAACAUCAUGCAUGGUAUUCCAUCCCUAUACUAACAGAAGUAAGAACACUUAAUCUUGCAAGAGGAAAAACUAAACGAACUGAACAACUUCUGGGAGGAAAAAUUCACAAAACUUGACAUACAAUUUGUAGUGCUUUUGGAGUUUCUUCGUCCACCAAAGUAAUGCAGAGAAAAUUAGAAUAACUAAGGGUCACCUCUCCGAUAUGAACAUACAAAUUCUCCAAAUUGAUCUCCCUACAUUUCCUAACAGAAUUAGAAAGCGAAAUUUAAUAAGGAUGAUGAUUGUAUUGCUUCUCAUAACCUCUUCUUUUGAUGUUGUAUGGUUAUUGUUACGAAUAAAUUGAUUUUAGACACUCUUGGCUAAAACCAAAUGCCGUGCAACAAGUUAUACUCACAGCACCUUGCUCGCUUUGCCCUUUGUUCUUAUUAUUGCUCUGAACAUUUGGCUUUUGUUUUGCAUUAAUAUCCUAGUUGGAGCAUUCUUAAACUUAAAAAUGUUCCACCCUAUGCAACCGCCAAAUCGUGAUGUGCCACAUAUACGCAAAAAUAAGUCGUAACGUGGAUACCUCGCUACCCCGAGGACAACUCUUUUUUUUUUUUCGAGUAGUUCAUGACUCUGCCAGUAGGUCGAUCUUGGCAUGGGUUAAGCUUUUCACUCCCAGAGGUGGCCAAAGUCAAUUUAGCAAGAUUUCAAAUGGUCAUUUUGUAAAAUGCUUUAAAACUACUACCAACAUCUGAAAGUACUGCCAAAGAGGUUACAUUUGCUCAGUGACUUUCAUUUGAAUGGUCGCACCAUAGGAUUUCAUACACGGACUCAAAAGUUAGAGCCACCUUAUACACUAUAAUGAACGGUACCACAAGAAAAUACUGUUCAGUAGCUUUCAUUUAAAUGGUCACACCAUAGGAUUUUAUUCAUAGACACAAAAGUUAGAACCGCCUUGUACAGCAUAAUAAACAGUACCACGGAAAAGUACUGCUCAGUAGCUUUCAUUUGAAUGCUCACACCAAGGAUUUUCUCCACAGACUCAAACGUUCAAGCCACCUCAUAAACAGUACCACAGAAAAUUACUGCUCAGUAGCUUUCAUUUAAUUGUUCACAUCGUAGCAUUUUGAUUAGAGACUUAAACGUUGGAGCAACCAUACAGGUUUCUAUCACUCACUCUGGAAGUGAAGGAUUAAUUGAUCAUAAUUAGCUUAAUUUUUUCGGGAAUUCAUUACUAACAUGCUACCAGCGAAAAAUAAAUUCCCUUGCACUAUCGUAUAGAGCCUUUUCACAUGACUUCACGUCCGCCAUUCUGGUGUCCCGAAACAUUAAAUCGGCGGCCAUGUUGGUGUCCCAAACCAAUCCUUAUGAGAGUUGAACUGAUUUCUCACGCUAACGCUUUCUUUUGAGGUAAUAAGUAUGCUAGCUGAUGGCCACAUGAGUAAAAACGGUCUAUCAUAACCCCGUUUUAUCAAACCUAUACACAUGUAUACAAUUACAUUGAAUUUCGUUUUAUUCGUUUCAAAGGUGUGGUUUAAAAACCGAAGGGCGAAGUUUCGACAACAAAAGAAGCAGCAGCAAGGAGCUCAGAGUAAGCCAAAAUCGCCAGUGAAGGCAAGAACCCCCACACCACCUCUUCAACAAGUUGAAGAUCCACCAAAGGCAUCCAGUCAAGCUCCUCCGUUACAACAGUUGAAUAACUUCACGUUCAGUGGCCCAUCAUGGACGAGCAAACACAACAUUCAUCAAGGAUUGACCAACAACACCCAGAGACACGACAAUUACCAGAAGUUUCUCAACAACAACAUGAAUGCUUUUCCAGGGGCUCUCUUUCCCGCUUCCCAGCCUCGUUUUAAUGCAAGCCACGAACAAUAUUUUCCUUAUAUGGGAAACGUUGGUCCAAUGCCAGGCUACCUGGCAAGAAAUCGACUAGAGUCGUCGCCCAUGAUGUGUUAAAAAAGACGUCUUAAGAAGAAACGUUUCUACAAUAUUCAAUAAGUGAAUUACAAUGCCUGCUAAUGCCCUUGGGUCCAGUCAGAAACCGCGAAUGGACACG